AUGGCGACCGAGCUCAUGCUUUUCUCGUCCACCAAGUUCGCUGCUGCUGAGUACGACCCAAGCCCACAAACUGCCCGGCCUGACUGGCUUGCGCUGCGUGAGGUAGAUGCAGUUACGGAUCCCAUUGAUAGCCCCAUUGGCAACAACGACAACAGUCUAUCGACAACACAACCAUUCCGGACUCCUCUCCCCACGAUGCUGUCCAAUCCGCCCCCGAGCGGUCUUCAUGCCCGGCACCGCCAACACCGGAGGCAAAACUCGACACCCUCGGCCUUCGAGGCCAUGAAGAUCGCCAGCAACCUGCCUGAGAUGCACUCACAUCAACAACCACAACUGCAACGACCCCAAGGACGACCACGAGUAUCGCACCGACGAGGCAUGAGCCUGGAUACUCGACGACAACAGAUGCAUCCCUCGACCUUCAGACAGGACUUUCACAAUACGCAGCAACGCAUAGCGCGCCCGGGCUCCCACCAGCAAGCGUACGCGAACUUGGCAAGCGACGAGAACUAUCUGAUCUCACCCCAUACGACCCCCCAAAUGCAGGGAUUUGAAGGUCAGUGUUUCGAUGGCCUUCCAGGGCCGCAGAAUAUGAACAUGUCAUUCGACAUGUAUAACGGACAGAUGAAUGUAAUGAUGAAGAGAAACCAAGAGGGCUUCUCUGACAAUGCGCGCGCGUCUCAAGACUUCGAACUGUUCCCGAGCAGCACCAUGUCCACCCCGACCUUCAUGAGCUUCAGCGAAAGCUCAAGCGGCGCUCCCGCCUGGAUGUCAGAGGGAGAGAGCUCGACCAGCCGGCGUUCGUCCCGGAGGGUAAGCAACGGAAUCAUGGACAGGGUCGCCAAAUUCGAGAAUAUGGAUGAAGGAUCACAGAGGCUACUUACACCCCCACACCAGAAUGCUCAAGACUACUUCCCUCUUACUCCCAUGGAUACCCCCCACAACAGAACCAUCAAGCACAGCCGUCGGCCACAGCGCUUCAUGGAUGAGUAUGAUGAGUCAAUGGAGGAGACAGUCAAGCCAAACCGCCAGAUGCUCAACCGGAGAUCUAGGACGACGUUCGACGAGCUGCGACAGGCAUCCGAGUCGCAAACCUUCGAGCCAACUCCACGCCGGCCCAAUUCCAUUGCAGUUUCGGGGAUGUACGAUAUUUCACCCACAGACGGCAGUUUCGUCGACGCAAACCAAUUUGAUGCCGUCAUGGCCAUGCCGACCCAGUUUGAUGGACUGCCGGGCUCUUCCCAUCCUUUGAGCGCAGAAAGUGAUAUCUCCCAGCAAAACUCGCCAAUGACACCGCAUAUGGCGGGAUUCAACGGACCUUUCGACAUGAAACCAGACCUUCGACCUCCCGAGUCUGCUUUGGACGCCCUGUCUGGAAACGGAUCGCAAGACACAGAGAAGCCAUCUCGCCGAAGCUCGCCGCACCGCAGAACCGAGUCGGUUGCAAGCAUUGCAAGCGCAGCCAGUAUCGCGAGCCUGGACAUCGAGCAGACGAAGACCACCACCGGUAUUACCAUCGAUGAUAUCCAUCAGUUUAUCCAAGGACCCGAGCCGCGAGACAACAAGUGGGUCUGCACGUUCGAAGACUGCAACAAGCGCUUCGGCCGCAAGGAAAACAUCAAGUCGCAUGUCCAGACUCAUUUGAACGACAGGCAAUACAAGUGCCCGACCUGUACCAAGUGCUUUGUACGACAACACGACCUUAAGCGUCAUGCCAAGAUCCACACGGGCAUCAAGCCUUACCCUUGUGAGUGUGGGAACAGUUUCGCUCGGCAUGAUGCCUUAACCCGACACAAGCAACGUGGAAUGUGCAUUGGUGCGUUUGAUGGCGUUGUGCGAAAGGUGGUAAAACGAGGUCGUCCACGCAAGCACCGGCCGGACAUGGACGAACGCAAGGAGAAGUCAACUCGCACUCGCAAGAAGAACCAGUCCGUGUCCUCGGUGUCGUCUCAGUCAGGAUACUCUGACAGCUCCGCCGCAAAUUCGCCGGAGACCAUCGAGAACAUCGACCAGGACUUCGAGAUGCUCGAUGAGCUCAUGGAGGUGUCAAUGGGAGGAACCAUCCAGCCCAGCAGCCUUCAAGGGCUGGGAUCCUCCUCUGCUCCAAUGCCCUCGCUCUCCGCUCACCUGGCAGCCAAUGCACACUCGCCAUCGACCCACAGCAUCCACUCGUAUGUAUCGCAGAUGUCGCACAUGUCUCUACAUGCAGAUCCCUCCGCAGACAUGUUGCCGUCCCACCCAGCAUCGCCUGCAAAGAGCGUUGCCAGCCAGUACAACGAGCCUCCGGAGCUGUCGCAGUCAUCAUCACCGCCUUCGUCAGGCCGCUUCUUCGACGUUGAUCCAAGCUCGUCUCACAGCGACAUGAUGCUAAGUUCAGCAAUGGACAAUGCGAGCAUCCCAACGUUGGCGGGAAUGGCAGACAAUGAGGACGACCUCCUGCUCCAGUUCACGCACGGCGACCCGAUGUUGAUGCUAAGUUCCGAUAGCAAAUUCGAGGAGGCCUUCAACCCGGUCAACAUGUAUGAGAACAACAACGACGACCUUUACUUCGGUACUAGUUGA